CUAUCAGUAUGUUUCGGACUCUUUAUUAAGUUAGACAGUAAUAUGCUCAAAGUGGUGUAAAUUUUUUGAAAGUUCAACAAAAAUGUAUAGAUUUUGUACAAAUACAUCAUUUUUCAACGUAAAAAAAGUUUUACGCGGUCAUAAGAAUUGUAGGAAAAACGUGCUAAGAUGUGCUUCCACUCACAAUGUAGGCUCCGAAAAUCUAUUCCCUGAAAGAGUAGACUUUCCCAGUAGGCACAUUGGACCUAGAGACCAGGAUGUAGUAACAAUGCUAGAUUUGCUUGGGUAUAAAAGUUUAGAUCAGCUGACAAAUGAUGCGGUGCCCAAAAAAAUUCAGUUACAAGGCCUUAUGAAUAUCGAUGAACCUAUGAGUGAAUAUGAUCUUAUUGAACGAGUAAGAAAGAUUGCUGAGAAAAAUCAAAUAUGGCGUUCGUAUAUUGGUAUGGGCUACCACAACUGUUGUGUCCCACAUACGAUUAUGCGUAAUUUAUUCGAAAAUCCUGGAUGGACCACACAAUACACACCGUACCAGCCAGAGGUUGCUCAAGGAAGAUUGGAGGGGCUCCUCAAUUACCAGACAAUGGUCAGUGACCUCACCGGACUGGACGUGGCAAACGCAUCUCUGCUGGACGAGGGUACGGCUGCUGCUGAGGCGUUGUCUCUUUGCCACAGACACAACAAAAGGACAAAGUUUGUGGUAUCAGAGCGUUUGCAUCCGCAAACGUUAGCAGUGGUACAAACACGACUGGACGCGCUGGGGCUAGAAGUGAAAGUGGUACCGGAUGUGCGCUCCGCUGACUUCGCGCAAAGGGACAUCUCAGCCGUGCUCUUGCAGUGUCCUGAUACAAGAGGAUUGGUUUACGAUUAUUCUGGAUUAGCGGCUACUGCGCACGAACAUGGGACCUUAGUGGUGGUAGCGACGGAUCUCCUAGCAAUGGCGCUACUGCGUCCGCCGGCGGAGUGCGGCGCUAACUUAGCUGUAGGCACCUCUCAAAGGCUGGGGGUUCCCUUAGGCUACGGCGGACCCCACGCGGGGUUCUUCGCCGCAGAACAUGCUUUAGUACGUCUAAUGCCAGGCCGGAUGGUUGGCGUUACACGAGACGCAUCAGGAAGGGAUGCUUAUAGGUUGGCUCUACAAACACGGGAACAGCACAUACGCCGCGACAAAGCGACCUCUAACAUCUGCACGGCGCAGGCGCUGCUCGCCAACAUGUCUGCCAUGUUCGCGGUGUACCACGGACCUCAAGGACUGAGAGACAUCGCCACUCGAGUCCAUAACGCCACACUUGUUUUAGAUCACGGUAUUAGAGGUCGCGGUCACAAGCAGUCCAAUGACGUAUACUUUGACACGCUACACGUGGUGCCUCAUCCCGAACACGACGCGACAGCUAUCAAAGCGCGGGCACAGGAGAAGAAGAUCAACUUGAGAUACUUUGAUGAUGGUGCGGUCGGAGUAGCGUUAGACGAAACCACAACUAUGGAAGAUGUACAAGAUCUACUGUGGAUCUUUGACUGCAAUAAUGUUGAUGAAGUUCUUCAAACGGGUAAUGCUUCAGCAAAAAGCGUUUUAAAAGGUCCUUUCCGAAGAACCUCUCCAUAUCUCACGCAUCCAGUGUUUAACAUGCAUCAUUCUGAAACAAGGAUAGUGCGGUACAUGAAGAGAUUAGAAAACAAAGAUAUCUCCCUUGUCCAUUCCAUGAUACCAUUGGGCUCGUGUACAAUGAAGCUUAACUCGACAACUGAAAUGAUGCCGUGCUCGUUCCGCCAUUUCACUGACAUCCACCCGUUCGCGCCGCUCGACCAGUGUCAGGGAUACCACACGCUGUUCGAGGAGCUGGCCCGAGACCUCUGCGCCAUCACUGGCUACGACCGCGUCUCCUUCCAACCUAAUAGCGGUGCUCAAGGCGAGUACGCGGGACUGCGCACGAUCAAGCGGUACCACGAGUUCCGCGGCGACGCGGGCCGCCACAUCUGUCUGAUCCCCGUCAGCGCGCACGGCACCAACCCCGCCUCCGCGCACAUGGCCGGCAUGCGCGUCUGCGCAGUCCGCGUCAACGCCGCCGGGGAGAUAGACAUGGACCAUCUCAAGGAUUUGGUAGAGGAGCACAGCGCGAAGUUGUCGUGUCUCAUGCUGACGUACCCGAGCACGUUCGGCGUGUUCGAGGAGCGCGCGGCGGACGUGUGCGCGCUCGUACACGCGCACGGCGGACAGGUCUACCUCGACGGUGCCAACAUGAACGCCCAGGUGGGACUAUGCCGGCCGGGGGACUACGGCAGUGAUGUCUCCCAUUUGAAUUUACACAAAACUUUUUGUAUACCGCACGGCGGAGGCGGACCGGGAAUGGGACCAAUUGGCGUUAAAGCACACCUUGCACCAUUUUUGCCCUCGCAUCCUGUGGUAGAUCCGUUAGCUGAUUUAGGUGAGGAUGCGCACAGUUUUGGUUCAGUCAGUGCUGCGCCAUUCGGAUCCUCUGCAAUUUUACCAAUCUCUUGGGCCUAUAUAAAAAUGAUGGGACCGAAAGGACUAAAACGGGCGACGCAAGUAGCCAUUUUAAAUGCCAACUACAUGUCAAAAAGAUUGGAAGGGCACUAUAAAACGUUGUACAAAGGCGAGAGGGGUCUUGUCGCGCAUGAAUUUAUCAUCGACUUGCGAGACCUUAAGAAGACUGCCAACAUUGAACCCAGUGACAUUGCCAAACGACUUAUGGACUAUGGUUUCCACGCUCCGACUAUGUCCUGGCCUGUAGCCGGCACCUUAAUGAUAGAGCCAACCGAGUCAGAAGACCUUCAGGAGUUGGAAAGAUUCUGCGAAGCACUUAUUUCUAUUCGUAAAGAAAUUAAGGACAUAGAAGACGGUGUUAUUGAUAAACGAUUGAAUCCUUUAAAGAUGUCUCCUCAUACGCAAGAAGAAGUGAUAAAAGAAGAUUGGAAUAGACCAUACACAAGAGAGCAAGCCGCAUUCCCAGCGCCUUUCGUGAAGGGAGAGACAAAAAUUUGGCCCACUGUGUCCCGUAUAGAUGACAUGUACGGAGACAAACAUCUCGUAUGCACCUGCCCUCCAGUACUAGAUGACUUCUGAUGCCACAAUUAAAACGACCAAAUAAUGACUGCAUAAAUGUAUAUUUUGUCAAUAUUGUCAUAGAAUAAAUAUCUUCUAAC